CGCUGCAGCUCACUCAGGCCAGGCUCAGGAUGAAGACUGGGGUAGCUGCCCUGGUAGGGGGCAUUGUAGGGGGGAUCGGGGUGCUGUGCUUCCUCGUGGCUUUCGCGACGGACUACUGGUUGCUGGCCAGCGAUGACUGUGGAGGUUACAGCCAACUGGAGGCAACAGCCAACACCAGCACCACUGCCCAGGCCAAUGGCACGGAGGCAGAGGUGGUAAAAGAAGGCCCCUCCCUCCCUGCUCUAACUCUGCACCAUGAAGGCUUCUUCUGGAAAUGCUGGUUUAAAGGGGACCCCUCUCUCCCUGUGAUGGUGGCUGUUCUAUUCACAAAUCAACCGGCGCCCAAGUUUUGCGUCCAUGGAUACCUCUUCCCUCUGCCAGUUGCAGUGGGACCAGUUCCUCACCCCAUCUAUGAUGCUACAGCAGUGUUCCGUGGGUUCUGGACAAUGUUCAUCAUCCUAGCUGUCACUGCCAGUGUUGCAGGGGGGUUCUUACUGGUAUGUGCAGUGCCAUUCACUAGUCACAAACUCUAUAGAGUGGGAGGAGCAUUCCUGAUCACAGCUGCUGGACUAUUCUUAGCCCUGGUGGGUCUCUUUGUGCUCUGGAAGGAGCUGGUGGCAGACGUGAGGAGGUACAUCUUGCAGGAGCGAGGGGAGACCUGUCCUGAUGCUCACCUCGAGUCCCACUAUGGCUGGUCCUUCAUAGCGGCCGCCGCUGGAAUCCCACUGGUCCUCCUCUCUGGCCUCCUCUUUUACUUCAUUGGUCGGCACAUCCAGAGGCAUAAAUGAUUAGCCAAUCAUGAAAAGGGAUUUUUUUUAGAAGAGAUUUUAAUGUGAGGGGAUGAAUAGAUAGAUGUACUGUAUGAAGUGAUAUUAACCACCACUUUGGAACCAAGAACUACAGUAGCUUAUGGAUGCUAUGGUCCAACCCAUUUCUUAACCAUAAAAAGUAAGUUAAUGCCAAACCACCUCCACAUAGAACGUAAUAUUGUUAGAACAGACAUUUCUAGUUUAGUAAAGAAGAGCCACUGUAUGUGGGUAUUAACCUUUCAUCCCAUUUGAAUAGUUUGAUUGUCAAAGGGAAGCUUCUAAACACGACAUGGUGACACUGCAAUCACUAUUUAUAUCAACACUAGGUGCAUAAUGCAUUCAUGAAGCACACAUUAAAUCCUCACAAGCAUGAAGUUAUAACUUCAUAAAGAAUUUCUUUAACAGCUGCCGUGCAGUAUUAUGACUGAUAUGGAGACAUACAUACGAAAACAUAAAGCACAACAUUUGCUGAUAGCAGCUAAAUAGAACAGUACUGUCAUGCUCAUAAAAGUGUUAUGUAUGCUUUAUGAAGGCCUUAUGAAGCUAUGUGUAAUAUAGCUCUGAACAGAGUGACCGUGGGCACUUAGGCAGCAGCAUUGAGGAGGUACAGGCAUUUGGCUUUGCAGCAUUUUUAGAG